AUGUCUUACGAGACAAAGAACUUAUUUGAUACCUCUAAAGAGCUUGGUAAUGUGCUCGAUUACAGUUACUUGGUGGACGAGAACUUUGUUUUAGUCGUUGGUCUGACUUCCAAAGGUAUGGACAACAUGAUUCUUAUUAUUUUAUGUAUUUAGGUAACAUUGUGGUCUUUCAUGAGACUAAGAAUCAAAAGACUUGUGACUACGUUAACCUCUGUGACAUAUAUCCCGAAUUCCUCGAAUAUCUUCUGAUUAAUCUUCUCCCCGAUGCUUCUGCCGUUGUCUUGGUGCUAUGUAAUGGAAAAUUACUGGUGAUUCCUAUCAAAUACAUAAUUGUAAGUCUCUUUUUUAUAUUUUUUAAAUUAUAGUUUUUUAACCAACGUUUGAUUUGUAGAAUGCUUCUUGGGCUCAGCGACAGUUCUUCUGUAAUCAACCGUUGCUGGUGAAUCUGGAGCUGUCUUCUUCUAAUAAAUGCUUCAAUGUGCCUACUUCGGUGGUUUCGUAUAUAUCAAAAGUGAACAAUAGAUACAACUUGUUGUUUAGUCAAAAGGUAAGAUUUAUGACGAUAUUUUUUGCUUUGUUUUUAGAUAUUGAUCUCUAUUGAUUGUGAUUACACUGAUGAGCUGCAUCUUUUAAUGUUUUCAUGCGUACUAAUAUCUUAUUUUUCAGUCCGGUAGCGUACAUGUUGUAGACUUAGAGCUUCAGAAAGUUGUAGCCAGUAUCAAUACUGAAGAAACUAUUAACGGUUUACAGUUAUUUGACAACACAGACAAAACUCGGUACUUGGUUGUGUCGCAAUUUACAAACAAACAAUAUGUGUGGCCGUUGGAGACUGAUACUCAAGGAAUCAGGGAGACUUGGGCACAUUUUGUGCCUGAUAAUGAUUUGAUACCGGUUUUGUGCCAAUUGAAUACGCACAAUGAUAGAAAACAGCUGACUUUAUAUUUCGUGGAUUCUGGGAGUGUAAGUUAAUGUAAUGAGAUGUUAACAGUUUAUUUUUUUUAUAUCUUUAUAAAAAAUUCAUUCAAAAGUAUUUUCUGGAGUUGAGUUAUGUCGCUAAUUAUUAUUAAUUUCAGUUAGCGUUGGUCGAUGACAUUAAAGACUUAAAGUUCAAAGAAACUAUAAAUGGACUUAAGAAUUCGUGGUUUACAUAUUAUUCGUCGUCUUUAAUUGUAUUUGUAACUUCAGGGCAAGAGUUACAGUACUUUUUUGCGUUUGAUGAGGUAGGUGGCUAAUACAUUUUUGUUCAAAAUAAGUGAGGUUGCAACUUCAAUAUAUUGAAAUUUUAAAAUAUUUUUCAGGAAAACUUAACGGAGUCUAUUGAACUGAACUGUGGGUUACCUUGCCAGCCAUUAGGAUUUGUGCCUUUAUUGUCAACGGUCGAUGGCCUCGCGAGAUGUCUGUUUAUUAAUUCAACUGGGUUUUAUUCGUUUGAGCCAAUAGCGUAAGUUUCAUUCAAUAUCAUAAAGUUAUUUUUUAAUUUAAAGCACCAUACUUUGCAACGAAUUAUAUAAACUUUCAGGGCUUUACCUAAAAUAACAAUGGAGUACAUGAACACCCGAGGGUACUUAAAGGACAACUUUGUACGAUUAUGUGAAUAUACCAAAAACGAACAGUGCAAAUUGUACGAAGACGUACUGGUCGAGAGCAUCAAAGAAGCAAAACCAGGAUACGUUGAUGGUAUUAUAUAUCUUGGUAUUGAACUUGGUGUAAGUUAACUAUAAGCGUUUUUCAUACUGAAAUGUGGCAGACUAUUAAAAUUUCUCUUUAGAUCCCGCUACGCAAAAUAGCGUCAAUUUUAAAAGAGAAUCAGGAGUUUGAUGCUUUGAUACCAUUUCUUGUCAUGAAAUCGCAGAAGGAAGCCAAGGACGUAGAAGCUCGAGACCUGUUAUUCGACAUUUAUUUGCACAAACUCUAUAAAGAUGGUCCUACGCCAGCUCUAGAGAACUCUUUGUACAUAUUCCUCAUAGCCUACCUGGUGUCCGAAGAUGUCCUCAAGGUAUUUCUACAAAACAGACUCUUAUCUUGUGUUCUGGUCUACUUGGCCAAGUCCAGAAGCACAGUAUCUCAACAGAUUGCUUCGUAUCUUGUCGAAGUCGAGGAUUGGAAGGUGUUCAAACAACAGGACCUACUCAGGGUUCUGGUCAAUUUACACUGGAAUGCGAUUGACAGUGCGACAAAGCAACGAAUGUUAAGUUUGGUCGAGAAAUACACUUUAGCGUUGCCAGAGUUGCACGAAGUAGUCAUGGUGCUGAAUAUGGCUGACAAUUCGGUUCGAAGUGACGCUGAUUUUUUAAAAAUUGCUAUCGUCGCGGGACUUUCUGCACAAUUCAAAUUGGUAAGUAAGAUGUCAUAAAUUGGGGAAAGGGACACUGUUAAAAACAACGUCCAUAUUUAAAAAUUUACACAUGUAUUACCAUCAAUAUUGUUUCAGAAAAACUACAAGCUAACCAGAUGGUCUCCUGUUGGUUGUGGCUCCAACUUUUGUGUCGCCCUUUCUGAUGACAAUAGUUUGUGGGCGUGGGGAGAGUUUGUAGCCGGAACAACGAAAGCCAAGAACGUAUCUACUCUUACUGGUUCAAAGCAUAUCUCGAAGUCUACGGUAGACCUGCCUCCUUUUAAAAUGUCUAAAACUCCACGGAGGAUCCAAUUGCCAAGAGAUCUACUAAAUGAUCCAGUCGGGGUAAGUUUUAACGAUACUUAAAAAGAGAUAAUAUUACUUUAAACAUCUAUUUAUAUUGUUAUUAUUGCAUAUAUACGUUAUUACCUUAUUUCAGAUUUGUGACAUCAAAUGCGGGACAGAACAUGUCUUGCUGCUAGAUUCCUCAGGCCAUGUAUACAGUUAUGGAAAGAAUAGAUUUGGUCAAUGUGGAGUUGGCCACAUGGAUCCAGUUACAGAGGUUACGGUAAGUGAAAUUACAAUAUAUUAGCUCAAUGCAAAAGAAAGUGUAAUAUAGUGUUAGUUUUACAGAAAAUCGAUGGAGACUUUGGCACAAUUACCGUCAUAUCAGCUGGAAAUUACCACUCAGGGUUUAUAGAUGACAAACACAAUGUUUGGCUAUUUGGAUGGGCCAUCCACGGCCAAUUGGGGCUGAAUACUAUAGCCAAUGUGACCGAACCAUUCCUCAUCACAUGCUUAAGGUUUGUUAUGUAUGACAAUAUCAGUCACAUUCAAUCUAAUUGAAGGAUUUCAAUUGCAGUCGACUCCAAGUAAAGAAAAAUUAUGCCUGUUUAAUAACUUCAAUUACAGCAAUCUUGACAUUGUGAACCUGCAAUUGGGAAUGGCACACUCGAUUUUCUUGACAAAGACCGGCCAAGUGUACGGGUUUGGUCAUAUGGAAAACGGAGAACUGAUCAGAGAUCCAGUAGCAGAUCCUGCAGGCUUACAGAAACAAAAAUCAUUCAAACCGCUGUUAUUGGACCUGCCAGAACCCAUGGAGUCCAUUAGUUGCAAUUACUUCCAAGGCAUUGGCAUCAGUAAGACAGCCAUCUAUGUCUGGGGAGAAUGUCCUCAAACUCUGAAGAUGAACGCUUUCUGGUUGAAACACAAAAUGGGCAAGCACAGAACGAACCCAGACGGUUUGGAUCAAUGGAAAGGUGAAGGAACCUCGAGUAUACCUAGAAAUCACUUUGGCUGCAAGAGGAUCGCCUAUUGGAAUCUGGAGAAACAGCCUGCCAUCAGACAGAUAUCCUGUGGGUAUAACCAUUGUGCCUUGUUGACCGAAGACGGCGACAUCUACACAUGGGGGAGGGCCUUAGACAAACAAUUGGGACAUGGUACCAAAACCGACAAAGCCACACCGACCAAGUUAGUGGAACCUAUCGACGUCAAGUGGAAAUUCGUUCAUUGUGGUAGGUUUUAAUUAAAUUUAACAUUCUUUUACUUAUCAUCAACAUUACUUCAAAUUUUUUCAAAAUUAUCAAUAAUUUUGAUAAUACUUCAGGACGCAACAUGACCAUAGCGGUUACGACUAGAGGAGAAUAUUACACUUGGGGAAGAAACGACAGAGGACAAUUGGGCGUUAAAAGACAGGAAAACAUCAAUACCACUAGUGAUGGUGCUCCAAAAAAGUAUUUCUUAAAGUCUUCAACUGGAAACAAACGCCCAAUCGAACUACCGACCUCACAAUGUGUAGGCAAACCGACACCGCUUUUGACACUGAACGUUGGUAUCCAUCAUAUAGGUAUGUUAGUAGUUUAUAAACUUUCUAAUGUAUAAAACUGACACGGUUUUUAAGGGUUCUUAUAUAUAUUAAUCAAACUUUUGUAGCCGCCAUCAACAUUGAAGACAAGCUAAACUUAUGGUUAGAACAAUGUACUCAGUCUGACUUGGAGAAUGUCUCAAAGAGACUACAACAUCAACUCAUCUGCUCUCCCUACGCAGUUAAGCUUCUGCUAAAAGCGGGAUACUUGAUACCUGCUCUACUCGCCUUGGCAAAGUGGGCCGAGAUGAACAAAACUACUAUCGCCGUCAAACAAACAUCUGAGUCAACUGAUUCUGAUAAUGGAAACACACCUACAAGUUCCGCGUCGUCGAUCAUUGUAUCAGACCCUCAAUCUCUGGUGGAAACAUCUUACAAUCUGAUGAAUGCUCACCCAGCAGAAGAGGUAAAGCUUGUCGCGGUCUUGUUGAUGAUGAAGGCCGGAUACCCGAUAUUAAGCAGGCUGGCGAUCAAUCAACGUCUCUGCAAGUUAGUGGCCGGCCACAUUGAACUACCACAAAGUCCACCGAGAUCAGGCAGAAUGAGUGUUUCAGCCAAAUCUCCAAUAUCCUCAACUCCUUCUACAGUACUGUCUGCCUCGGAUUACUGCAGUUCGGGAUCUCUGAAUCGACAGAAAAUGGGAGAACUAAACCAAAAGGAGCGCCAGGCCAUGUUGAAAAAGGCCAGACUUCCCGGCCAUUCAAAGUUGCAACUUCUGAUCAAACGAGCGACAGAUUUGAGCGACAAAUUCGUGUUUUAUUCAGAAUGUGGACAUUACGAAAGAAGGAUUGUGCCGACUUCCGUGAAAAGACAGCAACAAUUAAAAUCCAGCAACAAGGCCAAACUGUGCUCCAUCUGCCUAUCUCCGUAA